GUAAAGUUUGAUUGCUUCCACACUACGAAUUCGUGUUGUCUGUGUUUCGAGGUCUCCGGCGUCGUUUCAGGAGUCCCAAUCUCCACCGGAAAGCAACGAACAUGGAGGUCUCCGGCGUCUUUUCCCGGCGGCUUCAUUGCUUCCCGAGCGCCGGAAUCGAAGCUCACUCUCACUCCUUUGCAAAACCCUUUUCUCCGGGCGCCUCUAUUGACGUCGGCGCUAUGUUUUCCGGCAAUUCACGUCUGAUGGGUUGUCGGGUGUCGACCGGACCCAUAAAGAUAUCUGGGUUUUCCGAUGACGGACAUGUGAAAUACUAUUAUGGGUCUUCACCGGCGAUCAGAUGCGGUUGUGGGAAGAGAGAGAAGGAAGAGGGUUCGUCCGGUACGGCGACUGUGAAGAAAUUAAAGAAGAAGAUGAAAUUGCUGAAGGGUUUGUCGAAGGACUUGUCUAAGUUCUCGGAUAUGGGUUUUGGAUUGGGUCCUGGUGAUGGUUUGGUUGGUGAAGUCAAGGGAAAGAUGAUCUCGGAAGCAGCAGAGCUAUUGCUAGGGCAAUUGCAACAGCUACAAGCAGAUGAGAAGGAAUUGAAGAGGAAGAAGAAAGAAGAGAAGGCUAAGUUGAAAGCUGCACAAAUGCAAAACAUGGUUGAUUGUGAAGAAUCCUCAGACUCUUCUUCAGAAUCAAGCGACAGUGAUUGUGAGGAGGUGGUUGACAUGAGCCGCUUGAAGAAUAAAUCUUCCACACAACCAAUACCGAAUGAAUUUCAAUCCAGUACUCAAGAAAUAACAUUAACCCUUCCAAGCACACUAACCCAAGAAGGGAACACAUCCGAGUUGCUUUCAGUUAUUCAAGAGGCAACAUCCACCCUUCCAAACAUCCUCUUCCAAGAAGGGAACACUAAUUUUGAAGUUAGCAGUUCAAUGAUUCUUGACCGUGAAUGUUGCACCAGAACUAGUACGAGUUGUAGUAAUGUAGGUAGUGUUGGUUGUAAUAGUGGAAAUAGCUUAUUCAAAGGAGCAUCAGAGAAGAGGAUUGAGGUCUGCAUGGGUGGUAAGUGCAAGAAAUCCGGUGCUCCAGCGUUGUUGGAGGAAUUCCGGAGGGUAGUUGGUGUUGAAGGUACUGUUGUUGGAUGCAAGUGCAUGGGCAAGUGCAGAGAUGGUCCUAAUGUGAGGGUUUUAAAUCACAUUGACAGGGUUGAAGCUGAUGAAGUAGAUGAUUCUGUUAGGACUCCAUCCAAUCCUCUGUGCAUCGGAGUUGGUUUCGAGGAUGUGGGUUUAAUUGUGUCCCGUUUCCUCGCAGAUUCACCGAAGGAUUUGGGACUGGCUGCUGCAUCUUAGAAAGGAGUCUCCUCCCCUUUACAACUUAAGUUGUAUAAAGGUUUGAAUUGGUGUAUUUAUGUCAUGUGAUUUAUAGGUUUGUGGUUUUACUGUGACUUGUGAUGUUUAGAGAGGAAAUCCUUGUUUUUUACUUGUACAAAUGUAAAAAGGUUUUUUUGUGCAAUUGAAGUUUUUGUCAAA